GACGGACUGGCAGAGGUUUCUUGUAGAGGACGGUCCGCGGUAGGAACGACUUUGUGUGUUUUCCUUGUUGUUGUGGUUGCCGCAGUUCUGUUGCGGAGCCACCACACUAGAAUCUCACCACAGCCCAGAGGAUUGUGACUUUGUUGUAAGUCUGCGAGGGAGGAAUUUAGCUAUGGCGUCGCUGGCGUCGAAUUGGGUUUUUGCGAUGCGGGACAUAGGUGGGAAUUGGCACAAGGAGAGAUUAGGUGUGGAUGUUGGAGUUCCACCAAUUGGAGUGCAAUUGCGGCGGAAUUCGGAGUUUCAGUGCAAGCUAGCGAUGGCUGGUAGGAAGCAGAGGCGGGAGGUGGAGUCUGGAGGUGCUGUUCGAGGGUUUAGUGUGCCGGGAGGAGAGGAUAUGGUUGAGGGCUUGCCGUCCAGCGCGGAUGUGCCGAAUAUCUCUGUCAGGUCGCAUUCGGUGGAGAUGAAGAAAGAAUAUGGUGCGUUUGGAGGGGGUGGGGCAACUUUGGAGAAGUCGAAGUUGGACUUGUCGCAGUCCUCGGCUAGGGUUAAACAGGAGGUGGAACUUGGAGGCGGUGGUGGCGGUAUUGGGAAUAAGAAUUUCAAUGGAGGUGGAGAUGGAGGUGAUGAUGAUGGCGAUGAUGACGACUACUUUGGUGAAGAUGAUGGCGAUGACGAUGGUGAUAAUUCGGGGUUGUUUGGAAGGCGUGUGGUUGUUCCUGAGAUGUUCAAUCGGAAAUACGUGGAAGCGAUCUUACAAGAGUGGUUCAGGACGAUCAACGACUUGCCUGCGGGGAUUCGUCAGGCCGUUGAAUUGGGGUUGAUCAGCUCUGCUCAAAUGGUUAGGUUUUGGUCAGUGAAUGCAAGGCCGACCAUGACGAGGACAUUGUCACGGAUGGCGCCUCAAUCAGUUUCAAGAGCUUUCAUCGGGCGCAUACUUGCGGAUCCUGGAUUUCUGCACAAGCUAGCAUUUGAUGAGAUAGUUACGAUCGGUAAUGCGGUGUGGUGGGAGUUCCAACACCGAGGAGAAAGGAUCAAACAAGAAUGGGACAUGGCCGCUGUAAAUGUAUUGACUUUGGUGGCAAGCACAGCAGCCAUGAACUGGGCUCUAGCUCCCAGUCGAUCAUAUGGUUCGACAUUCAAAUAUGAGUUUCAAAAUUCGAUUCAAAAGCUUCCGAACCACGUCUUUGAUAAAAGCUACCCUCUUCGAGAAUUUGAUAUGCCCAAGCGAGUGUUUAGUUUUUUCUACAAAGCUGCACAGCUCAGCUUGGUUGGUAUGGGAAUCGGGUCUGCUGGGGCAGGUCUAGCCAGUCUUAUGCCUUCAGCAAGAAAAAAAGAACCAUCAGUGCCGAUCCCUGCAGUCAGCACAAGUGCAUCAAGUUAUGGAGCUUUUAUGGGAUUAUCAGGUAAUAUGAGGUAUCAGCUAGUUAAUGGAGUCGAAAGGCUUAUGCAAGACCAUUUUCAGCAUUUGGGAGUUGUUUUAUUCUUCUCUGCAGCGCUCAGGACUCUGAAUAUUCACGUUGGAGAUGUUACAAGGCUAGCCUUUUUAGGUCAAGGGGAGUUACCUGUUGUUCACGCUGAUGGGAUCCGUUCACAAGCUUACCGCCGGCCUUCACUAUCAUCGGAAUCUUUGACGGGAUCGGUGAUUGCUGCAAAGGGUCUCAUAACAGGCCUCUUUGAUGGUCAGAAGGUUGAGAAUGAGGAUAGUAGGCAACGUCAAUCUCCUAAUGUAUUUGCGAAGAGGAAAGUAAAGAGGAAAGUAACCGCGGGGAGUAGGUGAUUUUCAAGUCUUUCACACGGAAGCUGUUUGUUCAAGACAAUUACCACAUGAGUUGCUUCACGGGCGCUCACACUUUUGCAGAUCAAAAGUUUUAAAUUACCUUUAUACUGGGACAUGAAGCCACUUUGUUGUAAAAUAUGAUGAUGUGCUCUAUUAUCUCGUACUAUGAGACUUUUAAGAUAGGAAUGAGCAGAUCGUUGAACCCUGAUCCACGUUAGCAGGUUUUUCUGUAGCAAUUCUCUUCAGAUAAUACAUCUUUGUACUCGAGCAGAUUAUUCAUGAGUUAUUAUACAACAUGGGGAUAGGCAACUCGUUUGCCCACGAAGACAUAAAACCUGGUUGUAAUGAACGCCUUGUGAGCUUGUAUUCAAACGUAGUCUACAUAUUCUGCGAGGUUCAAAGAAUGUUAAACCUGAAUUGUAUCAAAUGGCAUGUUAGCUGAAAAUCAAUGUACUUCUCAAGCAAGACUUCAUUAUUUAUAUUA